AUGGCCUUCAGGCUAACGCUUCUCGUAGAUCCUGUGCACAUAAAUCAUGACUCACCCGAACCCCCAUCAAGCCCAAUAUAUCCAGAGCAGAAGGGGGCGGUCGAGGCUUCUGAUAUAUAUGAACCUGAUAGCGGCCAUGUUGCUCCUUUACAGCGGAAAUUGCGUCACGGAACGUUACCCCAUGAAGAUGAGUGGGUCGAUGAAGCAACCCGUACCGAAAACGAGUCUUGCCAGCACGUGAGCGAAAGCCCUGGUCAUACGGCCCUCCCCAGAACUGGCGAUAGCCCAGGCGAGUCUUAG